GACCCAUUUUGCUGUCGCACACGAUAGAAACACAAAAUGCAGCAUGGCUUCAGAAAGCCCACGGGUGAGCAGAUAGCACAAUGUCCAAGGCUAAGGAGAAGAAGGCGCACUCCGACGCCAAAGCCACCGCUAAAGAUAAGAGGAAGAAGUUCUGGAUAAAACACAACGUGAAGAAGAAGUUUGUGAAGACAGCGGCUCCACAGAAGCACCAGGAGAAAGCUGCGCCUCCACAAGAGCCCCAGCAGAUCUCUGCCAACUGGAAGUCCUUACAGCAGAUCCUAAAGAGCAGCCAGCCGGAGAAAAGGCACCAGAACGGCCUCGUCACCAAGGAAAACCAAGAAAAUGCUGUUAAAGUUGGUUCUACGAACAGUUCUGCUCCGAGCCAGGGGGACUCAGGCAGGACGGGCCAGCAGAAAAAAGUCCCUGCUGGAGGGAAGCCGAAGCUCCCCGCAGCAUCAGAGUCCCAGAAGGCUGCUGCUCCAAAAAGGAAAAGGGACAAAGAAACAGCAACCAGUGAGCAGGCAGCCAAGAUAAAGAAGAAGAAAUCCAGCAACGUCUCUUUGGUUGAAGAGAGGAAACCUACAGAGGCGGAUUUCUGGUUCGAUGAUGUCGACCCCGAUGACAUUGAGGAAACCAUGGGAGCGGAGGCAGCAGAGAUCAUGAGGAAGAAACACGGCAUCCGCAGCAAAGACACGGAGAGCUCGUUGGUGAAGGAGAAGGCGUUUGACGGCCUCACCAGAGUCGUGGCCAUCGACUGUGAGAUGGUGGGAGUCGGUCCCGGUGGUGAGGACAGCAUCCUGGCCCGGGUGUCCCUGGUCAACAUGUUCGGGAAGUGCAUCUACGACAAAUACGUGAAAGCCACCGAGGAAGUGACGGACUACAGGACGGCCGUCAGCGGGAUCCGGCCGGAGGACAUCAAGGACGGAGAGGAUAUUCGGACUGUGCAGAAGGAGGUCGGUGACAUCCUGCAGGGGAGAAUAGUGGUUGGACACGCCAUCCACAAUGACUUAAAGAUUCUGCUCUUGGAUCAUCCAAAGAAGAUGAUCAGGGACACCCAGAAGUAUAAACCCUUCAGGAGGAUUGCCAAGAGCGGUCGUCCCUCGCUGAAAGUCCUCUGCAAAGAAGUCCUCAACGUGAAGGUCCAGCAGGGCGAACACUCAUCUGUCCAAGAUGCGCAGGCCACCAUGAGGCUGUACACUCUGGUGAAAAAACAGUGGGAAUCCGAGAUUAAAGCCGGGAAGAAAAACAAAGAUUCAAAGGAGAAGAAGAAGAGGAAGCCGAGGUAAGAAUGAGGCCAGGAAGCCCGUGGGACCGGGAGUUCCCCACCAGCGUGGAAGAGGACAGAACAUCUCCUGUUCAGAGGACAGAACUCAGUCUGGACUUGCUUCCAUGAGGAAAACAGACCACCAGGGGUCUUUUAAAAGGAACAUUUGGGUGUGCCUUAUGUAAAAUACGUGAGAAGCAAAGACUAUUGAUGGCUGUAAUGUGUUUUAAAAAAAUACGUUUAAGUUUACUGAAUCCAUUGGAGGUUAUUAUGUUCCAGAACAACAUCUGUUGGUUUAGGAGAUGUUUUUUUGUUCUCCAGCUGUGAGUCCGACAUGUCUCUGAACCGUUAACCCUUUAACCUCGCUGGACCAUAAUGGUCAUGGUUAAAUCUGUCCUGCAGGUCAUGUAUAAAGGUUUGCUUUUAAAUCAGC